AUGAGGAAGAAAACCAUAUCUCAAAAGCCUCCUCGUGGAAAAAUCUUCAAGCUUCCUGCAAAGCAAAAACCUUCCACUCGCUCUCAAGACCGAACCUUCACUCCUUCUCCCUCUCCUCCUACCUCACCUCCUCGGUCUGAUCCCAUGACUCGCACUAAAAACCCAUCAAGGUUUCCUCCUUCAGCCAAGCAGACGCCACCACCGAAGGAACCUCCAUCUAAACCUGGUUCGUCGAAGCCGAGUUCAUCGAAAGGGAAAUGCCCAGCUGCAACCGAACCUUCCUCUGAGCCCACUCAACCUAAGAUAAUGUCUGUUCCCUUGCGUUCUCAGAGAGGAAAACCUUGA